AUGGACCUCACUUCUUCUAACCACUGUAAAUGGGGAGGAGUUACAUGCAAAGAUGGUUUGGUCACUGCCAUUUCCCUUCCACGGCAAACCUUUAGGAAACCAAUCCCACCGUCCCUUUGCCUCCUCAAGAAUCUUACCUACUUGGACCUCUCCUACAAUAACUUCUCCACUUCAUUCCCUACCAUACUCUACAAUUGCUCCAAUCUGAAGUACCUAGACCUUUCCAACAAUGCCUUUGGUGGGAAACUCGCAGCUGACAUAAACAGUUUAUCAGCAAAGCUCGAGCAUCUCAACUUAUCAAGCAAUCGUAUCAUGGGGGAAAUUCCACCAUCGAUUGGAUGGUUUCCAAAGCUCAAGUCGCUGCUCCUCGACACCAACCAGUUUGACGGAAGUUAUCCAGCAAAGGACAUCAGCAAUCUGGCCAACCUCGAGGUGCUGACACUAGCGGAAAAUCCAUUUCUGCCAGCUCCAUUUCAAGUUGAGCUUGGCAAGUUGACACGCCUCACAUACUUGUGGCUGUCAGGUAUGAACAUGACAGGUGAGAUCCCUGAGAGCCUGUCAAGCCUCACAGAGCUCAGUCUGUUGAGUGUGUCAAAUAAUAUGCUGCAAGGCACAAUUCCGACAUGGGUAUGGCAGCAUAAGAAGCUUCAGUACUUGUACAUGUUUGCCAACAGUUUCACAGGCGAGAUUUCCUCCAGUGUCACCGCCGUAAACUUGGUAGAGCUUGAUGUGUCCUCAAACAAUCUGACAGGGACAAUACCAGAUGACUUUGGUAGGCUCAUCAACCUUACCAUGUUGUUUCUCUACACGAAUCAACUUCAUGGGUCAAUACCGCCAAGCAUUGGGUUGCUGCCGAAUCUCAGCGAUAUACGGCUAUUUGAGGACAUGUUAUCUGGUUCCCUUCCACCAGAGCUUGGUAAGCACUCACCACUAGGUAAUCUUGAGGUCUGCAACAAUAACCUCUCGGGCGAGCUGCCAGCUGAUCUUUGCUCCAACAGGAAGUUAUAUGACAUCGUUGUGUUCAAUAAUAACUUUUAUGGAAAGCUUCCACAAUCGCUAGACGGCUGCUACCGGUUGAACAAUUUAAUGCUGUACAACAAUCAUUUUACUGGAGAGUUCCCCAAGAGCAUCUGGUCAGUGGUGACAAAUGAGCUAACGACAGUUAUGAUCCAAAACAACAAUUUCUCUGGGACCUUUCCUACCCAGCUUCCAUGGAACUUUACACGUCUUGAGAUGAGCAAUAAUAGAUUCUCUGGUCCCAUUCCGACUUUAGCAGGCAAAAUCGAAGUAUUCAGGGCAGCAAACAACUCUCUUUGUGGCGAAAUUCCCUGGAAUUUGAUGGGUAUUUCACAGGUAACAGAACUUGACCUUUCUGGAAAUCAAAUUACUGGAUCAAUACCCAUGACAAUUGGAGUGCUAAAGCUCAAUGCACUUAAUCUAAGUGGAAAUCAGAUAUCUGGUACUAUACCUGCAGCGUUUGGAUUUACGUCAGGGCUAACCAUCCUUGACCUCUCCUCGAAUGCGCUAUCUGGCGAGAUCCCAAAAGCGAUCAAUAAGUUGAAACUGAACUUUCUAAACCUCUCCAUGAAUCAACUCACGGGGGAAAUUCCAACAUCAUUGCAAAACGAAGCAUAUGAGCGAAGCUUCCUCUUCAAUCCAGGCCUCUGUGUCUCAUCGAAUAAUUCCAUCCCUAAUUUCCCGAUUUGCAGUGCAAGAGCAAAUAACAACAAUGAUAUCUCCAGGAGGCUUAUAGCCCUCUUUCUUGUUCUUGCCAGUAUCAUGCUUGUGGGUUCGGCAGUUGGUGGUUUCUUGCUAUUAAAGAGGCAAAAGAAUACCCAAGAUCCUCUAUCAUGGAAGCUGACCCAGUUCCAUGCACUGCAUUUCACAGAGUAUGAUGUUCUUUCUGGGCUCUGUGAGCAGAACUGGAUUGGAAGUGGCAGGUCUGGCAAGGUGUACCGAAUUAGUGUUGUGGAUGGAGAAGGUGGUAGUAGAAUGGUGGCUGUUAAAAAGAUAUGGAACGCCCAGAACCUUGACAGCAAGCUCGAGAAGGACUUCCUUGCAGAGGUCCAGAUAUUGGGUGAGAUCCGGCACAUAAACAUUGUCAAGCUGCUCUGCUGCAUCUCAAGCUCAGAGGCAAAGCUUCUUGUCUAUGAGUACAUGGAAAAUGGUAGCUUAGACAGGUGGCUCCAUCAGAGGGAUAGAGUUGGUUCACUGGCACCUUUGGAUUGGCCCACCAGAUUGCAAAUUGCCAUCGACUCGGCAAGAGGUCUCUGCUAUAUGCACCAUGAUAGUUCACCCGCCAUAGUGCACUGUGAUGUCAAGUCUGCCAAUAUCCUUCUGGACCCCGAGUUCAGAGCAAAGAUAGCUGACUUCGGGCUUGCUCGGAUUCUUCUCAAAACCGGAGAUCCUGAGUCAAUUUCUGGCAUAGGUGGUACCUUUGGCUACAUGGCACCAGAGUACGGAUACCGGCUUAAGGUGAAUGAGAAGGUCGAUGUCUACAGCUUCGGAGUGGUCCUGUUGGAGCUCACAACGGGGAGGGUGGCAAAUGAUGGAGGCUUGGAGUACUGCUUGGCAGAAUGGGCAUGGAGACAGUAUCAAGAGUAUGGCCUGUCAAUUGAUCUUCUUGAUGAAGACAUUCGAGAUCCAGCCAACAUUGAAGAUGCAUUCGCAGUGUUUACGCUAGGUGUGAUCUGUACAGGUGGGCAGCCUUCAGUGCGGCCAUCAAUGAAGGAUGUGCUGUACGCUCUUCUCCGGUUUGAACAUAAAUCCAGGGAAAGAAGCCCGCAGCAUGUUGUCUCUGAAGAAAUGUCACUUCUAGAAUCCUAG